AUGGUUGCCCAGUCGCUGAGCUCGCUUCUCCAGCGCGCUACGAUUGACGACCAUGAGGAGGUUCUCAAGUCCUGUAAUGAGGCUCUCAAAAAAUCCAAGAACGACCAGACAGCUCAACACAUCAAAGCGAUUGCUCUGCUCAAGCUCGACCGAUUUGACGAUGCUCUGCGAGUUUUCGAGGGUGCAGGCGAUGCGCUGAAGAAAGCGGCCGCUGUCGAGUAUGCAUAUGCGCUGUACAAGUGUGGGAAGCUCGACGAGGCUUUGGAUGUCAUCACCACCUGCAGAGCGGGGAGGGGCGCUCAACAUCUGGAGGCCCAAGUGACUUACCGAGCUGAGAAAUUCCGCCGCGCCGCAGAUUUAUACGAACAAUUGUACAAAGACGAAGCUGCACAGCACGAGGCAAACGACCUCGGUAUCAAUUCGUGGGCCACGGACGCGCAACUCCAGUGGAAAGGGGAGCCAGAAUAUGUUCGUCACCAGCGCCCUUCGAGGGAGGAUCUCGAGUCUUUCGAGACGGCGUACAAUGCAGCUUGCUUGAGCAUUGCCAAGGGCGAAUUCGCGCAAGGCGAGGUUCUUCUUAACCGCGCGAAAAAUAUCUGCGAAACAUCUGAGGAUUUGACACCAGAGGACCGUGCGGCUGAGUUGCUACCCAUUGCUGUUCAAUACCUAUAUGUCCUUCUUCGGCUAGGCAAGACAGAGCAAGCAGAGGCUUUGCUUCAGGAAAUCGCAGUAGAUGAUAUUCCCGAGCUGUCUACGAAGAAGAUUGCCCGAAACAACAUUGUUCUCGCUCGUCAGACCAACGUCAACCCCUUUAUCCUCUAUAAAGCUCUUCAUGAGACCCCUGGAUCUAUCAACAAUGACCGUCUUUUCGGCUUCCAAGACAAUAUUCUGAUGGGCAACUCUCAUGCCACCGACCUUCUCGUUCAGAAAUACGACGGCAUCAUUCGAUCUACGAAUAAGGUUCUUUCCAAGAGCCCUUGUCCAUCCACAGCUGCCAAUAUCAAUCUCCUAUCCGUGUACAAUGCCGCUGCGCAAGCAGAGGGUCAAACUGGCCAGAAGGCCUUGAAGAAGAUCCUCCCCUUGCUUGAGCGCCGACCAAAGGACCUCGGGCUGCUCCUCACAGUCGUCCAGCUCUACGUCAACGAGGGCAACACCACCUCUGCCAUUACAACCAUGGAGCAGUCAUUGCGAGCUCUUGAGGAAUCCAUCUCCGAAGCAGACCAGGAGGCCCGUUACAACCCUGGUCUGUUGAGUGCUCUUGUUUCCUUGUACCAGCUCGAGGGUCGGAAGCUUCAGAUCCGAGGUGCUCUCGCACAAGCUGCUACUUACUGGCGCACCAAGGCCAAUGCACCUGCCUCUCUUCUCCGCGCCGCAGCCACCUCUCUCCUCCAUUCGGACGAGCAAGCCGAUCUUGUCACCGCAAGUGAGCUGUUCAAGGGCUUGUACCAGCAAGACUCCCACGAUGAGGUCGCUAUCGCCGGCUUCGUCGCAUCCCAAGCCACUCUGAAUUACUCACAGGUGGAAUCGCAGCUCGAGCAGCUUCCCGAAGUCAAUGAGCUGACAGCAGACAUUGACGUGUCUGCGUUAGAAUCUGCAGGCAUCAUGCCUUCAGCAUCCGCGGCCGCCGCGGCUGCCGCUGCGAUUGCCGGCGCCCGCAAGCGAACUGCCGCCGAUAAGGAAGGCCGUGGGGUCGCCAAGCGGGUGCGCAAGUCCCGUCUUCCCAAGGAUUAUGACCCUGAGAAGAAGGCUGAUCCGGAACGCUGGCUGCCUCUGCGAGACCGAUCAUCUUACCGCCCCAAGGGUAAGAAGAAUAAGCAGCGUGCUGCUGAUCGGACACAGGGUGGACCAGUGAGUGAGAAGACCGAGGAGGUAUCUGCCAGUGUGCCUCAAAAGACCAGUGGAGGUGGAGGUGCAAGCUCGAAGAAGAACAAGAAGAAGGGGAAGCGGUAA